UAAAAACACAAAGUAUACCCCCAACUGGCUUCACUUAUAAGAGUGUGAGAGUAGAAAAGGAGCCGACCGCCUCAACCGAUUCCACUGAUUCGGGCAUGUUGCUCACUGAGCAGGAGCAGGAGAAGGAGCGGGACUUGUCGGCCGAACGCACGCAGGAGCUACUAGAGCGAAGAUCUUUAGUUCUGUGGCGCCGCCCCUGGCGGACCUUGAAGUAUGGAACCAUAGAAGCCGGAGGAUUGGUGCUUUCUCUCGCUAACUGGCUGCUGAACAAAUGGCUACUGGGCAGUCUGCUGGCUCUGGGUAUAGUCUGCAUACUGCCGGGACCACAUGAGAGUUACGUGAGCAUCGGCCUGCAGAACUUGAGAUUCGCCUUGUACUGGAUGCUGCUGGGCGUCCUUACGUCAGUGGGCUUUGGCACGGGACUGCACACAUUCCUACUAUACCUGGGGCCACAUAUUGCCGGAGUCACAUUGGCGGGCUACGAGUGCCAGACCCUGGAGUUCCCGGAGCCGCCGUACCCGGACCAAAAGGUCUGCCCCGAAGAGGGGUAUGUGCGGCAGGUUCCAGAUAUCUGGAGCAUUUUGGCAAAGGUCCGGCCGGAGGCCUUGCUUUGGGGCAUUGGCACGGCCAUAGGCGAGCUGCCACCAUACUUUAUGGCCAGGAGUGCACGCCUGUCCAGCAAUGAAUUGGAAGGUGUGGAAACGGAGGAGCCUCUGGAGUUGCAGAAGUCUCAGCGGCACAGCCCUCGGGGCCGUUCAAAUGUUUUCGACGGUGCCAAACAGUGCAUGGAGCUCAUGGUGCGGCGUGUGGGAUUCCUUGGCAUCCUUCUCUGUGCCAGCGUGCCCAAUCCCCUGUUCGACCUCGCUGGCAUCACAUGCGGCCACUUUCUGGUGCCCUUCUGGAAGUUUUUUGUGGCCACAAUGAUCGGCAAGGCCCUAAUCAAGGCAACCAUUCAGCAGGUAUGCGUCAUAGUGUCAUUCAGCGACCAUCUGGUCAAUGGCUUGGCCGACUUCUUGGGGAGACUGCCUGGUCUUGGCCCACGCCUGCAGACGUUCUUCAAAGGCUUCUUGAUGUCCACAAAGCAGCACAUGCACAAAACCAUCAACCGAAACGGGGAGGGCGACGAGUCCUUUAUCAGCCUCAGCCUAAGCCUCGUGAGUCACGCCUUUGAGCUCUUUACCGUUCUCAUGGUCGCCUACUUUGUCGUGGCCACACUCAACACACUCGCACAGAUCCACCUGAGGCGGGUGCAGGAGAAGCAGCACCACAUGAGAAACAUUCAACUCAUUUUGUACUCUGACCGAGACGAGGAAGCAUCUAAUAAAAGCCUCGCCUAGAAGAAGCGCCGAAUGCGAGCACUUGGACUGAGUUAGCCGAAUAUGU